AAUCUCCCCGUAUCAUUAUAACGUCGACCCGGCGAAAAGUACUCUGGUUCGUCUUCUCCCUUCUCUCCCUGCAGCAAUAAUCUCUCCCUCUCUCCAAAAAUCCCCCCCGAAGUUGCCGGCGUUUUUAGCUCCGGACAUACUCCGGCGAAAUUUUCCGGCAAUGUCGAACUCUGGAAUCGUCGUCCUUCUGUUCGUCGUCUUUCUCCAGUCAUCUCUCAUCUUCUCUCAGAGCCCCAAAGCUUCCACCACCUCCACCCCCUGGCGCACGUUAGCCGGUAAUGCACCCAUAGUGAUUGCUAAGGGCGGCUUUUCAGGGCUUGUUCCUGAUUCCAGUUACUAUGCAUACUCCAUUGCAUCACUGAUUAGCUUACCCAAUGUGAUCAUGUGGUGUGAUGUACAAUUAACAAAGGACAAUGUUGGGAUCUGUGCACCGAACGUAAUGCUUGAUAAUGUUACUGAUAUUCAAUUCUUGUUUAAAGAUAACAAAAAGUCUUACAUCAUCAAUGGGGAGCAUCUGGAAGGAUGGUUUUCUGUGGACUAUACAGUGAAGGACUUAUCCGAUGUACAUUUAAUUCAGAGUAUUCUUUCUCGAUCUGACAAAUAUGAUGGUGAUCUAUUCCCCAUACUCACUGUAGAAAAGGUUGCACAACUAGUGAAACCGCCGGGCUUAUGGUUGAAUGUUCAGCAUGACAUGUUCUUCAAGCAACAUAAUUUGAGCAUGAGAAACUUUGUGCAUUCUGUUUCAAGACGUGUCAUUAUUGACUACAUUUCAUCACCAGAAGUGGCUUUCUUGACAAAUAUUGGAGCAAUGUUUAAUAGAAGCAAAACAAAGUUGGUUUUUCGGUUUCUAGAGCCAGAAGUUACCGAGCCUUCGACCAACCAAACUUUUGGUUCUCUCUUGAAGAAUCUUACGUUCUUGAAGACAUUUGCUUCUGGAAUUCUUGUUCCCAAGGGCUACAUAUGGCCGGUAAACAUGGAUCUCUAUUUACAACCCCACACCUCUCUUGUAUUGGAUGCUCAUAAAGAAGGGCUGGAAGUUUUUGCAUCGGAUUUCAUGAAUGACGUACCUUUAAGCUACAAUUACAGUUAUGAUCCACUAGCUGAGAUUUUAUCUUUCAUAGACAAUACUGAUUUCUCUGUUGAUGGUGUACUGUCGGACUUUCCUAUAACUCCAUCAGAGGCCAUAGGUUGCUUUUCUCACAUAAACAAGAAUAGUUCUGAAUAUGAAAAACCAAUAAUUAUCUCACAUAAUGGAGCUAGUGGGAUGUAUGCUGGUUCCACUGAUCUGGCUUAUCGACAAGCUGUUGAAGAUGGCGCAGAUGUUAUUGAUUGUUCUGUUCAAAUGACUAAAGAUGGGAUCCCCAUAUGCCUAAAUUCUAUAAAUCUUUUUGAUGGCACGGCAGUAGUUCAGUCACCCUUCAGUUCUCAUUUUGCCACUAUUCCCGAAAUUCAGGCGAAUGCUGGAAUUUUUUCCUUCAAUCUCACAUGGAAAGAGAUUCAAAGCUUGAGGCCGGCCAUAUCGAUUCCAUACAUGCACUACAAUUUGAAGCGGAACCCAGCAUAUGCAAAUGCAGGAAAUUUCAUGACAUUAUCUGAUUUCUUAAUCUUCUCAAAGGGCAAACCUAUCACUGGAAUCUUGAUCAGUAUAGAGAACGCUGCCUACCUUGCAGAGAAACAGGGUCUUGGUGUAACAGAUGCUGUCUUCAGUGCCUUAAAACAUGCUGGUUAUGACAACCAAGCGGCUUUGGAAGUUACAAUCCAAUCCACUGACAGUGCCGUUUUAAAGAAGUUGAAGCAGCAAACGGACUUCAAGCUCAUGUACAUGGUUGAUGAAUCCAUCCGUGAUGCCCUCAACUCAUCACUCAAAGCCAUCAAGCAAUUUGCGGAUUCGGUGGCAAUCAACAAGGUCUCCGUAUAUCCUUUGAGUGCAAGCUUCCUAACUGGUAUGACCAACCUCGUACCAAAGCUGCAGUCGUUUGGCCUCACUGUCUAUGUGUAUCUAUUCAGGAAUGAGUUUGUAUCUCAAGCAUGGGACUACUUCUCAGACCCGACGGUGGAGAUCAACUCAUAUGUCCAAGGGGCUGGUGUGGAUGGAAUCAUAACUGAUUUCCCAGGGACUGCUAGAGCAUACAGAAGGAAUUCUUGUUUGAAGAUGGGCAGUGGAAUGCCAGUUUAUAUGACCCCUGUUCAGCCAGGAGGUCUGUUACAACUAAUUGCUGCUCAGUUUCUGCCGCCAGCCGAGGCUCCGCUUCCUGUCCUGACGGAGUCCGACAUAGCAGAGCCGCCUCUGCCAUCUGUUACAGUGAGACCACCUGCCUCUGGUAUAGGUGGUAAUUUUCUGGGACCCACUUCUCCACCACCUUCAAGCGGGCCGCCACAUUGCAUUGCCUGCAUUUUCGUAGCUCUAUCAAUGCUUCUCCUUGCAUCCCUCUUAAUCCUCUGAAGUGCAAUUCUAUGAUCUUAAGUGAGCCGCAAUUGGGUGGUACAGACCAUUGAUCUGAUGGACCCACUGUGGGUGGACCAUGGUCCAAGAGUCUCUUAUACUAACAUCUCAAGUGGCAGACUUUGGGGCUUUUCUCAGUUACAUGAGGACUGUUGUUGUAUUUGUGGGCUUCUGAUGGAAGGGUCAGGAUUAUCCAAUUGGGGAGAUUGUUUUGGCAUGUUCCAUCCAUCAAAGGGUCCCCUCAGAUCAAUGGCAUGAGAGGAUCCAUAGAUUUCCACAAGCUGAGGCAAGGGUGGAUGAUUCUUGUCUAAAACCUGCAUAUGAUUCUACCAGAUCAGUAGGCUGGUGUUGCGUUUGUUGUUGGGUGCUUGUCUGCAUUGUUGCAAUUUCAGUUUGUAGUUGAUUUGCUGCUAUUCCUGUUAUGGGAAAAUGUAAGAUACAAUGUAGGUGAUUUUCAACCGUUGGCUGGCAGCUUGAUGGGAUGGCCAUUGUCGGCCUUACAUUAAGUGGGCCAGUUUUUCCUUGCCUCUAACAAGCAACAUCAGGAUUCACCGUCUCCA